GGCGGGACCUGCGCGGGGCUCUCGGGCAAAGCCCGGGCUUCUCCUCGGCCGCCCUCCCGUCACUCGCCCCGCCCCGCCCCGCCCCGCGCGGAGGCCGCGCAAGGUCUCCACCCGCCCCCCGCACUCCUGUGACGUCACGGUCCGGCAGCCGCCGGGCUUCUUAAAGGGGCCGCGCGCGGACCCGCAGUCAGCGAUGCGGGAGCAGAGGGGCUGGGGUUGGGGGUGGUCAUAUGGCCCGCGCCUGAGCCGCGCGCGUGGGCCCCCGCCCAAGUGUCUUUGCAAGAAGAGCCCCGGAGCACAUGCUGCCCCACACCCUCCCAAUCCCAACAGAAAUCAAAGAAGAGGCCAUGUGAGAGGACAGAAGGUGGCCCUGGACAAGCCAGGCAGAGAGAACUUUCACCAGAAACCAGACCCUGUGGGAAUGCGACCUCAGAUGUGGGGCGUCCAGAUGGCGAGAAAUAAAUUUCCGCUGAUUAAAGGCACCUACUGUGUGUCAUUCUGUGGUAACAACCUACCAGUACGGCGUCUCCUGCUCACCUUCCUGCGAAACCAGCCGCUGCUAAGGACACCGGUCAUAGAGAGCAAAUGGAGACGCGUCCCCGACGUCUGGGGCCCGCUUCCUAAAAAGCAGGGUCGCCUCCUGCCCUGUCCUCAGGCUGUGUCUCGUCUCACACCUCUGCACUGCCUGGCGCUGGGGGGGGGGGGGGGGCUGAGCUGCACACGCAUGAGCUUGUUUCCCCCGCGACUGCCUGAAUUAGAGAGCACCCAGCCCCGUGCCCCAUCCUCGCCCUGCGCCCACCCUCCUGGCUGCCCCGUUGGACCCCUCCCGCCAUCUCCAGGCCACCAACAGCCCUUCUCAUCUGGCGGACAUGCUUGCGCUUCACCUUCGCGAAGAAGAGUUUGCGGUCCACCUGCCUCCGGCCCCUCCGUCCAGCCCCUGCUCCAUCAUGCCCUCCGCUGGCAAUCACGCUGCUGCGUGUCAGACCCUAUUAAGUCCCCCUUUGUCCUAGGCCCCUCCUCGCCCUCCCAUCUCUGCUCCAUUUACUGCAAACCUCCUACAAGUGACCGGCCUGCCCCAAGCGCCAGUGGACCACCCUUCCGGGCUCUCAACUGCUGCUUGUGCCCACCCCAACGGGGCCACCCGCACGGUUAGCACUGGUUCCCAAUUCAGCAGCCAGUCGCCACCCCUGGCUUCCACCCACCUGACUUAACCCCAGGAACGGGUUCUGCCCUGGUGACCGUGACAUUUGCCAACUUGGUCCCCCUGACCGCCUGCCCCCCCAGCCUCUCUCGCUCACUCUUCCCAACGCUCUGCCUGGAGUCCCGGCCUCCUCAGCUGUGGUCCUGCCUCCUCCUCCUUUCGUGCACACUGUGUGCCAGUCUCCUCAGACUUUCUCCAGGUGCCUGCAGCUGCACUGGGAAGGGCUAUCUCGAGGCCAGCAGACCCAAUAGAUUCCAGAAUCACUCCUUCCUUUGGAGGCUCACACUCCAAAGUGUCCAGUCACUCUGCGUGCGGCCCUUGGCGGCCGUGUUUGACUCUGUGCCCCAGAGGCAACUCCCCUGGCUGCUGCUGGCCCACCCGACCUCUCAGAUGCUCCUUCCUCCCUCAGACUGCCCCCUCCACACCGACCCACCCACCCAACUCCAUGCAUGCCAUCACACCAGCUUUCCCCUCUGCCUAUGGACUCCCCCCCCCCCGGCCUCCCUGCCACACAGGUGCAGCCAGCCACGGAGAAAUGACAAAUGUGCGCCGUGUGAGUCAGUGCCAUGUCGGAGCCAUGCCUGUGCCUGGAUCCAGGGCUACCCGACUUUCAGAGAGGUAUUGAACCCUAAUCUCAUGUAAGUUAAAAGCCACAUUCAUAAAAUCGUGGGUAAAGGGGAGGCUUACUUUUUCUAGCAUGUCCUUUUUUGCCAUUGGAACACUGUCCCAUCUCUGGAUGUUUCCUUUGCUGAGAAAGUAAUACCACUUUUUAAGUUUUGCAACUUAUUAUACGUUUUGCAAAGCCCACUUAUCCAGCCUCAGGAGAGACCUGGCCCCCCCCCGGCAUCAGGGUCUGGAUCUGUCCCCCAGUGAGCAGCGCAGAGAGGGGAGGUGGAAGCCGCCGGAGCGUGACAUCGGUUCUUCCGCAGAAGCCCACGUGCUCCAACCCAGCCUGCUUGGCCAAGUGCUUGUGGGGCUCCCAGACACAGUUUGGCCAAGACUCUAGUUAAACAAUAAUAUGCUGUCAGCUGUCCUGGAAAGGACAGCACAGUAGUCACUAAUCUCAUAUCGUGACUUAGUUUAAGAUAGUGACCAAUUUAUUCAUGGAUUCAUCUCAUCCAAUGCUUGAGAGGUUCACGGCUGGGGUUCCUUAUGCACAAGCAUGCUUAAAAGUCCCCCUUCCACCCACAGGUGGAGAGGAGGAUGGCACUCUGUGGUUGCAAAGUGUGUUUCAAUCAUGUGGUCAUCUACUUCCAACACCCCUGCUGGGGGGUCACCCUUGGUCCGUUGUUACAGCACACGGUGUCCAAGGUCCCACUCCAGGUGCUUUUCUGCAUAGAUCCUGGCCAGACCCCCCGUGGAGGAAUCCAGGGCUCUGUCCUCAGUGAGAGGCCAGACUGGGUUGCUUUAG